AUGCCAGCAGUGUUGCUCCUGCUGCGCUCCCUGGUUAUCAGGCUGCUCAGUAGCAGACUGGCAGGCUCAGUGGCACAGUUCCUCAGGAGAGCCCUCUCUUCAGGCGCUGCUCAUCUGGGCUCAGCACUCCGCCACGUCUGGGAGCGUCUCCGCUCACAGGAGUCUAAAGAGGCCAUCCUGGGCUGUGUGCUGUGCAUUCUCAACAUGCACAAGAAGGUGGAGAGCUAA